AUGGUUGAUGAUCAGCAAAAGUUCAUUCAUUCUGAUUUUGAUCUUCAAUCAUUGGAGCUAUUUAGUCUGCAUAAUAAAGAAGGAACUAUGGAGUUACAUGUAUUACCUGGUGGUGUUAAAGAAAUUCGUUGUGAUUUACUAAAGUUUCACGCAGCAAGUGGAUAUGAAUUCAAGAUCUACAGGAAUGACAAGUUGAGGAUUGGUGUUGUAGGAAGUCUUUUUAUUAUCAAGGAACUAGAUAAUCAGCAUACUUGUGUUGGUGAAUUUGUUAACAUACCACAGGUAUCGAAGAAACUAAUUAGUAGCUUGAUUAUUGAUGAAAUUAAGCAGGAUCCUAAUAAGAAAACUAACCAUAUUAUGGAUCAGUUUACGAGAGAGUAUGGCUUUGACAUUAGUCGUUAUUAUGCAUACCCAGGGAAGAAGCAUGCAUUUAAUACCACAUGGGGAGAGAAUGAGAAAUCCUUUAUGUUCUUGAACAGGUAUAAAAACAAGUUGAUUGAAACCAAUCCUGGAUCCCAUGUCGUUUUGGAAGUUGAAGAAGGGACUCAAAAAUUUCAGAGGAUGUUUAUCUUUUUUGAAGCUUGUAGUCGUGGAUUCAAUUUUUGUCGUCCUGUGUUAUUCGUCGAUGCGGCUCACUUGAAAAGCAAGUACCUUGCUCAUAUGAUGGAAGCAACAGGUCUAACCGGGAAUGCCGUUUCAUCGGAGAAUGAAGCGAACUGGAAAUGGUUUUUGGAAAAUUCGAAGGAAGUCCUUUCUCAUUUGCGACCAAAUCUUACUUUUGUGAGUGAUCGAGGUAUUGGAUUGGUAACUCAAAUUCCUGUUGUUUUUCAUGGGGAUGUUCAUGGUUGGUGCUAUUGGCAUAUGGAGUACAAUAUCAAUACAUUCUUACCAAAGAAUUGCAAGGUUUAUAAAAAAUAUGUAUUGGGAUUGUUUAAGAAAUAUGCGUAUGCUUCUACUCAUAAAGAAUUUACAGAGAAUUGGGAUAAGUUGAGGAAGGUUGAAAAUCAGAAGUUACAAGACUAUAUAAGUAUAACUCCUGUUGAUAAAUGGGCAAGUUUUUUCUUCAAGGGUAGACGAUAUGAUUAUGAAGCUCUUCUCCACGAAAACAAGAUGCAUGGCUGUAACUACCGAGUCACCAAGUCGUCAGAAUACGUGUUUGAAGUUCAUGCUUCAUUAACACAGACGAUUGACUUGAAAAGAAAAACAUGUUCUUGCAAUCGUUGGCGUAUUAACGGCUUCCCGUGUUAUCAUGGCGAAUGGAGAAGAUCCUUACAAGGUACUUUUGUUUUAGAAGUUAAUGUGCUGCAGUGUUUUCACUCUGUAAUUUGUCAGAGAAUAAACAAAUUUGAUUAA